AUGACAGGUUUCACGAGUUGUCUGCUGUCCGAAGCAGAAGGUUGGACCCCUGAAGAAGAUACACUCUUGUGUGAGGCGCAGAGAUUGUUUGGGAACAGAUGGACUGAGAUUGCAAAAGUGGUCUCAGGCAGAACUGAUAAUGCAGUGAAGAACAGGUUCACAACACUGUGCAAGAAGAGAGCUAAGUAUGAAGCCAUGGCUAAAGAGAACAACAUUGCUUCUUCUGUCAACUCAAACAACAAGAGAAUGUUGCUCCCAGAUGGUAUCACUACACCCUGCAAAGUCGAAAGUGAAUCUCCUCUUGCUAAGAAAACUAGGAGAAGUCACAUUCCAGACCUUAAAGAUAUCAGAAGCUAUGGGGAUAGAUCACAUAUAAAGGUUCUUUCAGGUGUGAAUCAGCAGGUUAGACCUCCAUUUUCCGUACUACCCCACAGCGCCACAACUGUUGGUAGCACUGAGGAGCAGAAUCAAACAAACAGUACCAAAGAGAGUGAUGGUGAGCAUAAAGGCAAUCAAGAAGUGUUUCUUAACAAGGAUGACCCAAAGUUAACAAACUUGAUGCAACAAGCCGAGCUUCUCAGUUCAAACCCAAAUGCAGCUAUUUAACUCAUACUGUAUGAAUGAGUUAAAUAGCUGCAUUUGAGUUUGCUAUGAUAGAUUUAGCCAAGUUCAUGCUAAUCCUAUUGGCAACAUGAAAACAAAUUGAUAAAAAGUUAAAAACUAAUUAGCUCUUCCUAAACCUUAUGUCUGUCAAUUCAUGGUAAUGUUGAUUGAUAUACUCCUUAUUUUGGCUUUCAUAGGAGAAUGUGGGAGACUGUUAUUUUACUUAGUCGUUGAUUUUGGUGCCA